AUGCCAGAAGAGAAGGAAAUGAUUAAAAAAAAGCUUUCUGGUUCAGAAAAUCGGAAAAGAAAAGCUGAAAAAGAAAAAGUUCUUGAAGAAACUAAAAACCACAUGAAUAUUUAUAAGUACCUUAAUGGAAAUUCUAAGGCAAAUACUUCAGAUAUUGAAUCAAAAGUCCAUGUAUCAGCAAAUAUUUCUUCAGACUGUGAACAAUUAUACACAAAAAAUAUACAAUCACCUAUUGAAGGUGAUCAAAUUGACCAGCGCAGUACAUCUUUGCAUGAAUCCUCUAAUAUUUCUCCAAGUCAAAAUCAACACAUGACAUCUGUGGUCGAUGAAAGUAUCAACAUUCUUGCAAUAAAAGAAUACAAUGUUUCUGAUGUAGGUACGUGGCCAAAAGUACUUAAUGCUAGAGAUAUAGAUCGCAUUAUAAUAUGUGGACCCUCACAAGUAUGUCUAAAUAACUUUCCAAAAGAUGAAAAUGGGCGUCAUUUCUCUUCAACUCAUUACACAAGAAAACUAUCAAACGAAGAAACUAUCAGACGAUGGUGGCUAGUUUAUUCUGUAUCAAACAACAGUGUCUUUUGCUUUUGUUGUCGACUGUUUGAUUUAAAAUCAACUACUAAUUUGACUACCACUGUGGGUUUCAGAAAUUGGAAACAUUUAAGUGAAGCUCUGAAACUGCAUGAAAAUAGUCCUAACCACAAAAAAGCAUUUACUCAAUGGACUGAAGCUGAAAUCAGGUUUAAAGCUGGAUUAACUAUUGACAAGGAAGAACAAAAGCUAAUUUCUAAAGAAAGUUUAUGA